AAGUUAGUUUAAUCCCUUCGCCGUUUGUAAAUUACAACAGUAAAUAACGUGUGUUGAUUAGCGAGUGUCAGCGAGCAAAGGGAGAUCACUCUAGCGAAAAACUAUAGAGAAGCAGACGGCACUGGCGGACAUGAGAGUGGAAGGAUGUUGUGUGAGUUUUAAUGUGAGCGUAGAUCUUAGAAGUAAUUCCUUGCCUAAACAAGGUUUCUUUUUUCCUCUGUGUGCUGUUGAUUGUGGUAGGUAUCGCCCUUUUGAUCGAGGAUUCGUCUAGAUCUAAUCUUGUCGCCUUCGGUGAAGCGCCCAGCAUUGCAGUGUGUAGUGUACCGUGUACAGUGUGUACCGUGUGUACAGUGGGCUUCUUGUCCUAUGACAUGAACAGUGUGAAGCAAUUGCAGUCUUAGUGAUAGCUUUUACUAAUUAUCAUUAUUUUCAAGCACUAUGAGCUUGCCUACUUGGCUGGAACAUGCGGCUAUGUAUCAGUCUCUGGAGGCAAUGAUGAGCAGCUCGCUGACAGUUCAAGAAACUAUCGAUUCCAUCCGACUUUUAGUCAUAGUGCGACUGCCUGGCAUAGGUGUGGACGUCACUGGAGUGUUUGGCCCGAGCGCUCUCCCCCGUCCUGUGAAUGCUCAAUGAUCACUUAGCGACGCACGCAGCCCAAUGACAAUAAGAACGAUUACAGAAAAGCCAGCUGCUGUAGCAGACCUUUCUGCCAAUGAGAUUUCUAGAAUCGGUUACCUGAGUACGUGGUUGCGCGAGCAGGCAUGAAGAGAAGGUGACUGGUUGCCACGGUCCUUACGUCGCCGCCUCGGUGUGAACAGCAACAUGCGAACAUUAGGACAAGAAGGUGGUAGGAACUACUUUGGUUCUGUCUGAACUGUCUUCAUACAAACAUUCAGAUGUGUGUGCCAGCCUGCGACAACUGUGAUCUUCUCUAUGACACAAGGCUGGUUACUAAAGACCUCGAAAGACUAACACCCUACAGUGUCUGACAAGUACUCAUAGUGCUAUGAUGUCGAUGUGUUUAGUCUGAGGCAAGAUCGUGUCGUCUUUGUGACAAAUAAAGGGGUGUGAGCAUGGAAGGACAAUACAGUCUCUCCGCUACAUCAAGUACAAGACUUCAGAGUCGGGAUUCCUUUACUAUCAUUAAGCUGGCGCAAGAAAACCUUGCUAUGUGCGGGAACGACGAAAUAUAUGGGUGACACCGGGGUAAAGGUGUCCACGAGUGUGUAUAGAUACGACUCCUAGACUUUGGCUUCAAACCUCGGACAUCUUCCUUGUCUGUCACACGCGUGUGUGUGUGUGUGUUGGUGUGUCCUUUUUACAUGCGGAACUUUCAUCUCCCAGGGUAACCUUAGACAUUGAGGAACAUCUCGUUUAAUCGUCAUAUAAAGCCCUCAAUGAUAUUAUUGAUGGAUGCAGGUGACAGUUCGAUAGACUGUGUUGCCAAGCUAAUGAGAUAAUUGCCAAGCGGAGAAAUCAUUGUCUACAAGAUGACGAAAAAAAUGAACGCGACACUUAGUUGCUAGAGACUUCCACUAAGACUGGGACAACCAUUACGAUCUUCAUACUGAGAAGCUUACAGAAAGAUGGCGUUGUUGCCGAUCAGUAAUUAUCCGAAGCUAAUCACUAGCUGAAAGGUCUCUACACUCAGCUCUCUGCAGGCCCGUAAUUCAUUCCAUAAACAAUCAGUCAUGGAGAACGCCACUCUCACCGCAUCCACAGAAGUGAUUCAAGGAAACAUUCCCACGUUACGGCCAAGCGCGGAUGACGUCACUUCCGUGCCUGUAGACGAGUCAGUUCAGCUGCUGAUGACGACGACCAAGCGGCUAUGGAGUGUGUUUCCCCCCGUGCUGCUGGCAGUCGGCACCUGCGGUAACGCGCUGUCCAUCGCCGUCCUCUCACGCAGUAACAUGCGGCGCUCCAACGCCGCUCUCUACCUCAUCGUGCUGGCCGUCGUCGACACGAUGGUGCUGUACACAGGCCUCCUUCGCCAGUGGCUGCUUCACCUAAUUGAGGUGGACAUACGGCAGUUUAGUCCUGUCGCGUGCAAGCUUCACUCGUGGAUGGUGUACUUCACGCUUGACAUUAGUGUCUGGAUCCUAGUGGCCUUCACCUUUGAACGCCUCAUUUCCGUUUGUCUUCCUCAUGACGUCAAGCGACAUUGCAACGCGCAGACCUCAUGUGUCUUCCUGUCUGUCAUCGCAGUCGUCCUGAUGACCAUCAACUCUCAUUUCCUCUAUGGGCUUGAUGAUGAGUACAUUCAGACCAACGUCACUGUCUACGACGAACUCGAUCACCACAGCACGAAGUGUAAAGAUGCACUGCACAAAAUGCUGCUACGGUCACGUGCUCACUCUCUGAUUGCGACGUGUGCUGUCAGACAGGUGACAACAGUCCGGCGCUGCAUCCCUUUAGGGAGGGAGUACGAACACUUCUACAACAUGGUGUGGCCCUGGAUAGACCUGUGCAUCUACUCCCUCCUUCCUCUAUCGCUCAUCGUCGUGUGUAACUCAGUCAUCAUAAUCAAAGUAUGUGUUAGCCGUCGAAAGGCCCGGCGUGUCAUUCCGUCCGUAGCGCCCAGUACACAUACUGAUGUCCAGGCAGAUGACACCAGAUCACGCCAAGUGUCCUCCAUGACCGCAACACUAAUGACAUUGAACCUGGUGCUGCUGGUAACAACCAUGCCAAUCAGCGCCUAUCUCAUCGUGGAGCCUUAUUUUGAAACCAUUCGUGACAGUUCCUCGGAGCAGUAUGAUCCAAAGGUCUCAGCACAAUUCAGUAUGGCGUGGGCCAUUGUCAACAUUUUCAUGUACACCAACAACUCAAUCAACUUCCUUCUCUACUGUGUGUCUGGAACUCGCUUUCGCGGAGAAUUGUUAAGCUUGUUUGGACGUAGACGAAGAAUACGGCCUAUGGUCAUCACCAACACACACGUAUCAGAGUUCCGGAAUACAAGCUUAAGAGUACCAGGGACUUUAAGACCUCUGCAAACCUCGAGACAAGAAAAGACACGGUGGCGCUUGCUGGGAGAGCGGCGACCGUCCAUAGAAACGGUCGCACUACAGGGCGUCUACAUGGUGAGUGAGAACAGUGUAAGACGACAGCCACAACAACCACGGCUACAACAGCUACAACAGCCACACAGCCACAGCUCCAGUUGCAAGCAGAGCAAACGGGCGAAGGGGUUAAAUCAAGGGAAGCACUGACAGUGUCCUCAACAGCUCUUGAUGUCACAGCCGGAAACACGAAGUGCUCAAGAAAGAACAGUGUUCUUGAUCCAGAGAAACAGGAUAGCGCUGAAGGCAAGAACACACAUAGUGCUCUAGAACUUUGGACACUGUAGGACCUUCAGGGUAUAUAAUUAAAAAAGGAAGUAAACUAUAAACAAAAUUUCUGCUUUGUCACAUGUGUUGCUCUUUGUUUAAGGUUUAUUAGAGACUUAGCUAACCACAAACCUUGCUAGCAUAAGCACAUUUAUUGUUGUUCAUCAAAGACUGUUUAC